UCGCUAUCCCUUUUUUAUUUUAUUUGUUCCGAUGCUAAUGGCCGCCGUCGCCGAUUCCGCCGAGAACGGUGCUACAAACUUCCCCGAGAAUGAAACCCUCAAACCUUCGGGAGUCUCUGCCUCCUCAUUGCUCAACGAAACCACCGCCGCCUUCCCCGAAUCGAAUCAGACGGAUACCCUAACUGCCGAGACUGCCCCCGAUGCGAACGAUUCCGCGGCGGAGAGAUGGCCAGGAUGGCCUGGAGAUUGCGUGUUUCGUGUGAUCGUUCCUGUAUCUAAGGUCGGAGCUAUAAUCGGACGCAAAGGAGAUAUCAUCAGAAAGAUGUGCGAGGAGACUCGCGCUCGCAUCAAAGUCCUCGACGGCCCCACCACGACUCCUGAUCGCAUCGUGAUGAUAUCUGCAAAGGAAGAACCAGAGGCCUACAUGUCCCCUGCGAUGGAGGCAGUUGUAAGGGUGUUCAGAAGAGUUUCGGGGUUGCCUGAUAGUGAUGAUGAUGAGGAUCUUCAGAACGCUGGAGGUGCCUUCUCUUCAGUGCGUUUAUUAGUUGCAUCUUCGCAGGCGAUUAAUUUAAUCGGGAAACAAGGGUCCUCUAUUAAAUCUAUAGUAGAGAACUCUGGUGCAUCCGUUCGCAUUUUAUCAGACGAGGACACACCGUUUUAUGCUGCGCAAGAUGAGAGGAUAGUCGAUUUGCAGGGGGAAGCUUUAAAGAUCGUAAAAGCGUUAGAAGGUGUUGUAGGACACCUGAGGAAAUUUCUAGUCGACCAUUCUGUGGUUCCUCUCUUCGAGAAGCAAUAUCUAGCUAGAGUCUCUCAAGUUCGUCAGGAAGAACCGUUAGCUAACAACAAGUCAGUUCUCCACGCUGCUUUGUCAAAUGCAAUCGAGUCUGAUCUCAUGGCACGGAGGGAAGCUCUGUUUUUGGAGCGGGAUACUCGGGUGGAGUCAUUUGUUCAGCCUUCGGGAGCUUCCAUCUACAGUCAGGAUCCUGCACUGUCCGCCAGACACUCCCCUGGCCUCGCUCGAGUUUCUGCUGCUUUUGUUACACAGGUAUCUCAAACGAUGCAAAUACCUUUCUCCUAUGCGGAGGAUAUCAUUGGUUUAGAAGGAGCCAAUAUAGCCUUCAUCCGUAGAAGAAGCGGAGCUACCAUUACCAUUCAAGAGAGUCCACAUCCUGAUCAAAUCACAGUGGAAAUCAAAGGGACAUCUUCUCAAGUACAAACUGCUCAGCAACUAAUUCAAGAGUUCAUCAGCAAUCACAAGGAACCGGCUUCGGUUUCAGGGGGAUAUGCUAGAGUGGAUACUGGUUAUGUACCUGCGUACCCUCCUCAGCUAAGCAACCUUCAAGAGCCGCUCGCGAGCAGCUACAUGGGCACAGAGACGGGGCAGUACAGACCAACAGCAUACUCUCAGCUUGCGGGUCCGUCGGCGUCCACCUACACGCCGUCACUGAAUGGGCAAAGUUAUGGAACAGAAUAUAGACCAGCUUCUGAUGCUGGUGGCUACAACACUUAUAAUUUAUGAAUCCGUUUGCUGUGUGGGUUGUUUACGAGGUUUAGAGAGGUGGCUCAUUUAUGAUAGAGAGGGAAAGAACAAGUGCAAGAGAGCCAAUGUAGCUGAAUGUGUAAUGUAAAUCUAGGUGCCUGUUCUUUUUUUUU